AUGAACUCCGCCAUCCCUAAUCAUAUCCCCUCUCAACCACGCCCAGGUCCUAUUGGACGGUGGUAUCUCCCUGUGAUGGCUCUGAUCAGUAUCGGAUUCGGAGUCUCAAAUUACUACUCUCCAUCAGCGAUGAAUGCCCGAAUCGAGACUCGGAUUAGAGAAGAGGAGCGGCUCAAACGGAACAAGCAAUUGAUGGAUGCAUACGGACACAAGGAUAGCUUGCAGGAUGUCGAACGGGCGUUGGAGGCUUACGAAGUUCAAUGA